AUGGAUACGCCGACAAAUGUCAGCGACGAGAGAAUGCAUGGAUCUAGCGAGGAAGGCGGGAGAAUUCAACUUACAUCUUUCACUGGUGUGAACACACGAGCGCGCACAUCAAUGGGCCGUAAGAAGAUUCAAAUCACGCGCAUUCAGGAUGAACGCAAUCGACAGGUCACAUUCACUAAACGGAAAUUCGGGUUAAUGAAGAAGGCGUACGAGUUAUCUGUGCUAUGCGAUUGUGAGAUCGCACUUAUAGUGUUCAAUUCGACAAAUAAACUAUUUCAGUGA